AUGGCAGCAGUAACAGCAGAAGUCAAUUACUCGGGCUGUUCUGUCCCCGAAUCUCUGGGUCGUGCCUUCUUGGUAAAUAAUGGCACUGAGAAUGUUGAGCACCCAAUUAAGCGGCGCAAGUUGGCUUCGGCACCUCAGAGUCUGAGAGCCAUCAACGGGCUUUCCGCAUCGAGGGUCCCGCGGGGCUACAUAACACUAUCGCGGGUUCACUUGCAAUUGAACUUUGCUCCCUUGGACACCACGGGAGACUUAACUCACUCGGCUGAGGUUAUUUCAGAUCUGCCGGUUGUGAUUCAUGCAAUCAGAUGCCCUCCUGUCCAGUCUGCUACGUCUGCAAAUGGUGGCAAUAUUGACAACAGGAUCCAGCUAAAGCUGCUAGCAAUCUCUGGACAGACAGUUCUAUUCACAGACCAGAUCACCAAUGCUGAAGUUAUUGAUGCCAUCGGAGCCGACUUAAUACUCGCUUCCAACCUCAUCUGCGCUGAUCGAUUCAUCAAGAUUGCACCGUCAGUGUGCUACCAGGCAACCUUGCAUCGGUACCCCAAUGGAAGCUCUUUCGGGUUGGAGGUUACUAUUCUGUGGAAAGACUCGGCAGAUAUCCCAGACAUCAGACGUCUAUCCCCCGACGCAAUAAGGGUGUUCUCCAAGUACGUCCUAAAGGAGAGCGAUUAUCGGUUUGCGGAGAACGGAACGUACGACCAGAAAAAAGUAAGGCUGGGGCAGGGGCCGAGCUGGUCACCGCGCGAUUUCUAUGAUAAUGUAUACGUGCCACCCAACUCACCCACAGAUCCAGAGAUGGACUUCGCCAUUCCAGGGACUCAGCUCUUCCCCUUCCAAAGACGUGCUGUGAGGUGGCUCUUGCAGAGGGAAGGGGCAGUCGAAAUGAAAGCGGAGAAUGACCUACCAGCUUCCUUCUUCCAAAUCACAGAUGCAGACGGGGCAGUUUGUUAUGCCAGCCAUCUCUUCAUGAUCGUUAUCUCAGAUUUUUCCGGUUGGAAUGAUGCAUAUAAGACAUUAAAAGGCGGUUUGCUGGCAGAAGAAAUGGGUCUAGGGAAGACCGUCGAAAUGAUCAGCUUAAUAUGCCUACACCGCAGGGACCUGCUAUCCGAGAGUAAGUCUUCAAGUCGCACCGGCGAUCUCACGCCCUCCGGAGCAACAUUGAUUAUAACACCACCUGCAAUUCUUGAACAAUGGAAAGAAGAACUACUGCUACACGCUCCGGCUCUGCGCGUCUUCCACUAUGAGGGUAUCAAUCGUCACCAGGAGGUCCCGGAAAAGAGUUUGAUCGAGAUGUUGGCUGGCCAUGAUGUUGUCCUCACAACUUAUAACGUUCUUUCUCGAGAGAUCCAUUAUUCGGAAAAUGCACCAGAACGAAAUCUUCGGCAUCAGAAAAGGUUCAAGCCCAGGAGAUCACCUCUCGUUCAGAUUCACUGGUGGCGAACUUGCCUGGAUGAAGGCCAGAUGAUAGAAAGUGGUAUCAGUGCGGCAGCCAAAGUUGCUCGUUUGAUUCCACGGCAGAUGGCCUGGGUCGUGACUGGGACCCCUAUACGCAAGGACAUUACGGACCUUCUCGGAAUCCUUCUAUUCUUACGUUUAGAGCCUUACUGUGGGUCUUUCUGGAACAGGCUGUGUCUUUCUUUUAGACCGGUUCUAGCGCAUAUCGUCAAUACCACCGCCCUGCGACAUUCUAAGGAUCGCAUACGUUCCGAAUUGAGAUUACCCCCCCAAAAAAGAGUUGUUGUCACAAUCCCUUUCACUGCAAUCGAAGAGCAAAAUUACAAACAGCUGUAUGAGCAAAUGUGCGAAGAAUGUGGCCUUGAUCUUUCAGGUGCACCUAUCAGUGAUGACUGGAAUCCGGAUGACUGGCCAGUGAUUGAAAAAAUGAGGAGUUGGCUGGUUAGACUUCGCCAGACUUGUCUUCAUCCUGCAGGGAACCGUCGUCGAGGCCUCACGGCUGGAUUUAAUGGCCCUUUGCGCAGAGUGGAAGACGUGCUUGAGGCUAUGAUUGACCAGAAUACCCUACUCAUACACGCAGAAGAACGGUCAGAUCUUUUUUCCAAACUUCGCCGAGGGCAAAUGCUAGAAAAUGCUUUGCAAAAAGUACAGGCACGUGAUUUAUGGGCCAGUUGUUUGUCGAAAGCGAACGAGAUCGUCGAAUCAUCUCGAGAUCGAUUAAGAACAGAGAUUGAAAGAGUUCGGGCACUUCCAAGGGGGAGUACUAAUCAAGAACUGGAAUUUAUUGACGCGGCAAACCACGAUGACAAUAAUCGCAUUAGUGCAUACCGCAGCAGGCUGCGCAAUGCUCUCGAAGUACAGCACAUGACUCUCUUCUUCUUGGGAAAUGCGUAUUAUCAGAUCAAGUCGGACCCCAAGCUCACUGAUCCUGAGUCUGAUGCGUUCAAAUUUCUCGAGAAACAGGAAGAGGAGGCUUACGCCAUUGCAAAGUCCGUUCGGAAAGAAAUGUUAACGGAUGUGUCUGGGAAGGUGGGGAAUUAUAUGAAGACUAUCAAAGAAAUGCUGCGGAACAAGCGGUUUGUGGUCAUACCCAAGAUGAAACCUCAUUUGUACAGCACAGGGAUAGAGGCUCGUCGUGUGCUUGAGAAUUUUGAGGACUUUUGCGAGGCUAUGAACGAGCAUGCCGCACAGUACGACAAGUGGCGCCUGACCAUGGUUCAUCUCCUCUCUCAGUCACUCAUUGAUCAAGAAGAUGAGUCGGAGCUCCAAGGCGACGAAUAUGAGAGAUCUACGACACAUCAGAGCGAGAUGUAUGUGUAUAUGGAAGCUCUGCGUGCCAUGUAUGCUGAUCGCCAUGACUGCCUUACUGGGCAGAAGAAUGUGCUCAUUGCUCACGAAGUCAAAGGCGGAAUCAUUCAAGCCCAGAAGGGCGAGGGUCCUUCACCAGAGCUGUACCUGAAAAUCAUGAACGUUCGAAGUCGUAUCAGACCCGACCCUCAAUUCGGCUCUCUCCGAGGCAUUAUCAGUGAGCUUCGCAGCUUGACCACAUCCCUGGAGUGGCAGGCAACUGAGGGAAGCACUCGGGCUCAGGCUGAAUUGGAAAUCGUCAGUAGGGUAUUGAAGAAUGCCAGUACCAUGGCUGCAGAGCAUGCAAAGGUAAACUCAAGCCUCGAAAGAGAGGUCGAGAUGUUUCGCGACACAAUGAACUGCCGUCUUGAGUACUACCGGCGCCUGCAGCUCAUAUCUGAUUCCGUAGCAACAUUCGAUGAGUCAAGCGUCGGCAAGCCUUUGGAUGAGGUCGCCUUUGAAGCAAAGGUAAAAGAAGAAAAGGAUCGAAUCGGGAAGAUAUCGGCGUUGCGGGCCAAACAUCGCUAUCUCAUUCAUCUUCGAGACGAGCCGGAUACAGAUGAAUCCACAUGCGUGAUUUGUCAAUCGACUAUAGAAGAAGGAGUUAUGACUCAUUGUGGUCAUCAAUUCUGCCUCGAGUGUCUCCGGCUUUGGUAUGUCGCACAUCGGACGUGCCCAAGCUGUAAGUUGAGAUUAAAGGCGCCAUCCGACUUCCAUCCGAUAUCCUAUAAAUCCCGCGAGAUCAUUGUUCAACAGGAAAGGGCACCGACUGACGUCGGAUCUGAACGCUCCUCUUCACAAGGAUCCAUAUACAACGAUAUCAGCUCCAGUACGCUAAACGAAAUCAAGCAGAUCGACUUAGACUGCUCAUUUGGCACCAAGAUUGACACCAUAGCACGUCACGUGAUAUGGCUUCGUGAGAACGACCCUGGGGCAAAAACGAUAGUCUUCACUCAAUGGUCUUGCGAAAUGCUUGCUUCUGCCUUCAAGCGAUUCAGGAUAGGAUUCAGCAGUGUCGACAGCAAGGGUGGGGUGCAGCAGUUUAAGAGCGAUCCUGCGCUCGAAUGCCUGCUCUUGCACGCCAGGGCUCAUGCGUCAGGUCUCAAUCUCGUUUGUGCAACACAUGUCAUAUUUUGCGAGCCUCUGAUCAACACGGCGAUUGAGCUUCAGGCCAUUGCUCGUGUACAUCGCAUAGGUCAGCAACGUCCGACCACUGUUUGGAUGUAUCUGGUUGCCGACACUGUUGAGCAAUCAAUUUAUGACCUCUCUGUGUCGCGUCGUCUGGCACAUAUUGCACAAAAGACAAGAGCUCAAGAAUUCAAUCUACCACAGGCUUCUAAAUGUGGCGCUCAUGAGACUGCCAACGGCAACUUGACUGAAACAGCAAUCGAUGCGGCGAAUUCACUUGAAAUCGAAGAUGCGCCCCUUACCAAGAUGAUGGCGAGCGGUGUUUCCGGUGGUGAGCUUGUGCAGAAGGAUGACCUCUGGCUAUGCCUUUUUGGUGGAUCGAACCGAAACAAGCGAGCAAAGGACGGCACAAUUAUGAAUGCCGAGGGCGAAGUUGCGAGGUUCUUAAGAGGUGAAGCCGCUGAGCAAAGAAGGGCGGCCGCAGCGAACGCAUAGCCUUGCGCUCCUUCGCAAACACGAAGUCAACUCGACUCGAAUAUUUUGACAUGAAUGGGAAGGGAAAUCUAUGUAUAACUCUGAAGACUUCUCUUAUUUUUCCAGGACAAGAGAUAGUUCUUCCGUUGUAUAAUAAC